AGAGCCGCCAGUCCGACCAUGGACAACAUGAGUGAAGUGUCUAGUCAGUUGCCGGGGGCGCCUCUGCCGCGCUCCAAGAGUCGCACCGAGUUCGGCGCCAGUCGCUACGCCAACGCGUCCUUCUGGAAGGCGCGCCGGGUGCUCUUCUACCGCAACGGGGACCCCUUCUUUCCCGGCGUCGAGUAUCGCUUCAAGCCCGGCCGGGAUGUGGCCACAAUGGAGGCUCUCCUGGACAAGAUCUCGCCGCGCCUGGAUUUGCCGCGCGGCGCCCGUUUCGUCUUCUCCAUGGACGGCGAUCGCAAGUACUCGCUGGAGGAGCUCGAGGACGGAGCAUCUUACGUGGUGUCCAGCUUCAAGACCUUCAAGCCCGCGAGCUACGGGAAGAAGAACGGAAUGUGGUACGCAUCGCCCAGCAAUCAGGGCUGGGGCGCCGCCAGCAAAGCCGAGCGUCGGAAAUCCUCCAUCAUCGAGGCGGAUGUGAGUCCAUCGGGAGCCUCAGGCAGCGGUCUGAAGGCCAGUGCAGGCCGUGUGAUCCGCAUCAUCAACAAUCUCGAUCACACGGUUCAGUGUCGCGUGCUUCUCAAUCUUCGCACGUCGCAGCCUUUUGAGGAGGUGGUGGAGGAUUUGGGGCAGGUGCUGAAGAUGACAGGCGCGAAGAAGAUGUUCACCGGCAGUGGCCAGGAGGUGCGAUCCUUCUCGCAGCUGCGGAAUGAGUUCGCCGACAUGGACACAUUCUAUCUGUCCCUCGGCGGGAAUCCGGGCACCACUCCAGCCUCGCCAGAGCGCCGAUCGCGCUCGCGGGCCGGCAUGGUGGCCCCCGUGGUGGCCGAGGACACGGCCAAGGGGUCUGUGCGCCAGAGAGCGCGAAGCAAAAGCCGCCCGAGGGUCCUCUAUGCGCCAGAAAAUGAGAUUGUCCGCUCCAAUCAAGAGUACACGAUUGUCGAUGCUCUCAAAGAGGAGCCCACAAAGGUGAUCAUCAAGGGACUCCGGAGGACUUUCUAUCCACCAAUUCAUCACCCAUCGAUCGACAACAGCCCACCGGACAAGAAGCUUCAGCUCCACUGGGUGCACGGCUACAGAGGAAUCGACGCUCGCCGGAAUCUAUGGGUUUUGCCCUCGGGAGAGCUUCUCUACUACGUGGCCGCCGUGGCGGUACUCCUGGACAGGGAGGAGGAAGCCCAGCGCCACUACACUGGCCACACUGAAGACAUCAUGUGCAUGGAUAUUCAUCCUUCUCGUGAAUUGGUGGCUUCUGGACAGAGAGGCGGGCGAGACAGAAAGUCUCAAGCACACGUGCGCAUCUGGAGUACAGAAUCCCUGCAGACUCUGUACGUCUUCGGGAUGGGAGAGCUCGAUCGUGGGGUGACUUCUGUGGCUUUCUCACAAUUGAAUGGCGGAAGUUAUGUUCUCGCUGUGGACGCUGGUCGAGAGAGUAUCUUGUCUGUAUGGCAGUGGCAAUGGGGUCAUUUGCUUGGAAAAGUCGCUACUCUCCAAGAAGGACUCUCUGGAGCCUGCUUCCAUCCCUUGGAUGAUAACUUGAUCAUCACUCAUGGAAGAGGUCAUCUAGCCUUCUGGCAUCGUCGCAAGGAUGGAUUCUUCGAGAGAACAGACAUCAUUAAGAAUCCUUCUCGUACGCACAUUACUAGCAUCCAAUUCGAGCCUGACGGAGACGUGGUGACAGCCGAUAGCGAUGGCUUCAUCACGAUCUACAGCGUCGACGCGGACGGAGCCUACUUCGUGAGGAUGGAGUUUGAGGCGCACACAAAGGGUAUAAGCUGCCUUGUGAUGCUCUCGGAGGGAACUCUCCUGUCCGGUGGAGAGAAGGAUCGCAAGAUUAUCGCCUGGGAUUCGCUCCAGAACUACAAGCGCAUCACAGAGACGAAGCUUCAGGAGUCAUCCGGUGGCGUGCGAACAAUUUAUCCUCAGCGUCCUGGUCGCAAUGAUGGGAACAUCUACGUGGGAACAACUCGGAAUAACAUCCUGGAGGGAUCUCUCCAGAGACGCUUCAACCAGGUGGUGUUUGGCCAUGGACGUCAGCUUUGGGGUCUGGCUGCGCAUCCUGAUGAUGACAUCUUCGCCACGGCCGGUCAUGACAAGAAUAUCGCGCUGUGGCGAAAGCAGAAGCUCUUGUGGACCUCACAAGUGGCGUACGAGUGCAUCUCCCUCGCCUUCCAUCCCUUCGGCUCAGCUCUGGCGGCUGGCAGUAGCGAGGGUCAUCUGCUGAUCAUGAACUCCGACAAUGGGGCGUCAAUGUUGACCCUUCGCGUCUGCGGAUCACCUCUCAAUUGCAUUGGAUACAACCUGGCUGGCGAUAUGAUUGCUAUUGGAUCGCAGAACGGCAGCAUUUAUCUGUUCAGAGUGUCCAGAGAUGGGUAUUCGUACAAGAAGGUCAACAAGAUUAGAGGCGCUCAGCCUCUGACGCACUUGGACUGGAGUAUCGACGGAGUGUAUCUGCAAACAGUGACCACGGACUUUGAUCUCCUGUUCUGGGAUGUGAAGUCCUUGUCUCCGGAAAAGAGCCCAAUGGCCAUGAAGGACGUGAAGUGGGCGACUUUCAACUGCACCGUGGGAUAUGUGGUGGCAGGAGUGUGGAAUAAUCGCUAUUACUCAUCCAAUUCCACCCUUAUUUCCACGGGAAGUCGGGCUACUGGACAGGAUAUGCUGAUAUCCGGAGAUGCAGAUGGAUAUCUCCGACUCUUCAGAUAUCCUUGCAUCACCCCGAAGGCUGAGUACUCGGAAGCUAAGGUCUACUCGGGAACAUUGGCUUGCGCUCGCUUCCUGUGCGGCGAUCGCAUGGUUGUGACUGUUGGCGGAACUGACGCCUCUCUCAUGAUAUGGGAUCUCAUUGAAGAAUAACCUCUGUGGCCCCCGGCGUGGUUCCACACCGCUGCCUCGGAUCACUCACCGUCACCUUCAUACAAGAAUUUAGAGCACCGUCGAAGCACCGUUUCCUCCACCUUUACGAGUGACACCUCCUGCCUCAAUGGCUUCACCGGCCGCGGCGCCAUUCCGCGAUGGUAAUUUGCAGGCGCCCGAUGACUCACCUGAGGAAAUCACCGUGGCCGCUGGCGACAAUCCCGAC